AUGGCAUGGCCUUGUGUCACCCGGGCUUGUUGCAUUGCUCGCUUUGGGAAUAAACAAGACAAGGGGGACAUUGCAGUCCCUUUAAUGUUCUCCAAAUAUUCCGAAGUGACAGAUGGACCUCAUCUGAGCCAGCCACCACGCCCAGGAUCUGCUGCCAUAGAAACUCAGCCACCGCUGGCAGAUUCCUACUAUGGAGGCCAGUCUAGGUCAUCUAGGGACUACUCUAGGAGAUGGGAGUCUACCAGGGGUUCGGUUACCAGGCAGGAUUUCAAGCCCUGGAGGGCAACCCCCGAGCAAAGCUGCAAACCAAGGAGUGAAUAUCUGCCUUCUGAAGCUCCUCUGGAAAGAGAGACCCAGUACAAGAAAGACUACAGGUCAUGGCCAAUCCCUCGACAAGAUGACCAUCCUUGGAUUCCUAAACCCAUCCAAGGUCCCAUUUACGCUCCUCCUGUCGAGGACAGAAAGAAGAAGGAUCUCAUGGGUUCUAUCUUACCACCUGUGGACAAGAGGAUAAGCGAUGCUGAGGUUGCAGGAAGGGUAGCCAUUGCGUAUAAUGUGACCCCCGAGAUUUUGGUAUCGGUAGUGGAGGAAACUAAAGUCAUCCAGCAACUGGAAAAGCUAACCAGUGCCAAUCCGACAUCCAAGGAGGCAGCAAGCCCACUUCAAAGUCAAGGGAUGGAGGACAAGGGAACAAGAUCCUCAUACAGGAAUGAGUUCAGACCUUGGACUGAUUUGAAACCAGUGAAACCAAUAAAGUCUAGGCCCCAGUAUCGACCUCCGGAGGAGAAAGUGGUGCAUGAAACCAGCUACAAUGCCACGUACAAGGGCGAAUGCAACCAGCCAACAGCUGCUGACAACAAGCUGACUGAGCGUCGGAGGAUACGCAGUCUCUACACUGAACCCCAUAAAGAACACAAGGUGGAGAAGCCCAGCGUCCAGCCUUCCAAACCAAAAAAGACAACCACACCAAGCCAUAAACCGGUGAAAAAGGCCAAAGACAAGCAGAUCAUCCCCGGCCGAGCCUCCAAAAAGAAGGCCCCCGAGACCGCCUCCUCCACCCCCGCCAAACCCGAAGACAAGGAGAAGAGCAAAGAGAUAAACAAUAAACUGGCCGAAGCGAAAGAGUAAAUUUCAGAAAUCACAAAGCACUUGUUAUGCGAUGAUUAUGGUUAUUAUUGUCUUAUUUCUACCACCGAGGCCACCAGAUAACGUUAGCGACUAUUAAACGGCUUAUGCUUUCUGAUUGUAUCCCAGACGCUGCGUCCUCUCACUCCCGCCACACUCCAAACGCACCCGACCCAAGUUCUUAAAUAUUUUUUUUGUUUUGUUUUUUUGACUUGUGUAAGGUCCGAAAUUCUUACGCGAGAAUGAUCCGAAUCGAUACGUGUUCACGGUGCUAUCAAGAGAAUGUACUGCUCCACGUGACCGCCUGUCAUGCCCCUAUACUCUUCUUUGUGGUGUAACGUGACCAGUGGUUGAAAGUUCCUAGUUAGCAUCAAUGUGGUAGGACCGAGGGUGAACAGGUAAAGGCAUUUAUAUAUCGUGGGGUGGGGUGGGGGUACAGUAUGUCCAGGGAAAGAAAUUCCCAUUAGUUACAGGUUCUCAGUAGAUUUUAUAAUCAACCAUGGAAAAAAAAAAUAUAACAUCGGAAACAAUGUAGCCCGCGAAAAAACUGACUGCUGAAUUAGAGUGCAAGCUCUUAGGCUCAUAGGUCAGAUUCUCCCAUGGCCCAGUCUAUAUCCAGACUCCCAUAGACUUCUAUACUUUUUUUUUUAUGGAAAUAGAAUAUUGAUUAUUUUGCACAGGAGUAACCAUAGAAACCCAGAUUGAUACUUUUUUUUUUUUUUUCUUCAUUUCCUGGAAUUUUCACACGUGAAAUUUUAAGGAAUUCCCCAUGAC